GCUUAGUAAAGAGAGAGAGAGAGAGGAAAUUUUUUUGAAAACCAAUCCCAUUCAAUUCAAAGUUCAAACUUAAAACCAAAACCUCGCCAUAUCUCUCAAAAAUCAAAAAGCGCUCUCUCUCUCUCUAUCAGAAACGCGCCUCCGCUUCUCCAUUUUAUUAUUAUCCGCCAAAACCAGAAGAAAAAAAAUCAUUGAACAAAACCCGCCCGGUAAACCGCCUUUCGUCUCUAACCUAAUCCCCCGCCAGAUUCCCUUCCCGCUUCAAUAAAUCCCAUCCUCCCGCGGAUUUCCUUGUCCUAGAAUUCCUUUUGCGCGUGCCUUCACGCAUUGAAAGGGAGAAGGGGGAUUCUAGGUUAAUCUUUACCCUCCCGGCUCUCGAGAAAUUGAAAUCAGCUAGGGUUUUUCGCUCCGGCGGCGGGAGACGGAGGUAGAUGGGCGCGGUGGUGGUGGCAGCGGCGGCGGCGGGGUGGGGGACGUGGGAGGAAUUGUUGUUGGGAGGAGCGGUGCUCCGACAUGGGACCAGAGAUUGGGACGCCGUGGCCGCGGAGCUCCGUACCCGAUUCGCCUGCACGCCGGAGGUCUGUAGAGCCAAGUACGAGGACUUGCAGCAGCGUUACUCUGGUUGCAAAGCUUGGUUCGAUGAGCUUCGGAAGCAACGGAUGGCGGAACUCAGACGAGCCCUGGAAGUAUCUGAGGACUCGAUAGGGUCGCUUGAAUCAAAGAUAGAGACUCUCAAGGCAGAGAAGAAGAAGGGUGAUUCUUCUCCUGCACCAUCAGUGAAAUCAGAGGGAAUCGUGGAGGAAUCAUUGAGCAAAGAGACGUCCAAAGAUGGACUCUCGGCAGGUAGCUUCACUCAGGAGACCAGAUCAAACUGGUCUUCUGAGCCCCGCCUAGUACCCAAGCCAGAACCCUCGACCUCUCCAGACAAUGGGAAGGUCGUCGAGGAGGAACGACCGCUAGGGUUCCUGAAAGGCCUGAGAGGGAAGAGGAAGAGGAAGGUCUGUGGCAAAGGUAGAAAUGAAGGCAGCGCUGAAGAGAGUGCCGAUGCAUUGGGAUCAUCCUCGAUGUCUGCUCGGUUGAAGGAUAAUUCGACAAGCACUUGUGGUGAAGUUGUUGCCAGAGGUUCAGGUGGUGACGAUCAAUGCAGAGGAGGUGGCUCGAGCAAUGAGGAAGCUUCUGUUGAUGAUCUUGUCGGGAUUUUUGACACCAUUGCGGAGAACAAAUGUACCAAUGUCUUUCGACGGAGGCUUGAUAGCCAGAAGAGGGGAAGGUACAAGAAAAUGAUAUUGCGGCACAUAGAUGUGGACACCAUACGAGGCAAAAUCUCCAAGGGCUCCCUUCUAUCAGCCAAAGAACUCUUCAGAGACUUGCUGCUGCUGGCGAAUAACGCACUGGUCUUCUACUCGAAAACCACCCGAGAGUACAAAUCGGCGAAUCUCCUUCGAGACAUUGUCACCGAGAGUUUGAAGACUUACAUCAGCAGCAGAACUGCCAGUACUGCUGCUGCCCUGGUCUCGAUCAUGCCUCCAGCAGCAGCAGUACUUGAUCCUCCUCCUCCGGCAACAAAGAAGUCCCCAAGUGCUCGCCCGGUUAACAAGAAGACACCAUCCAAAGUGUCUAAAGCUAUUCCAACCACAACCAAAGCUGCUACUCCUGUUGCUGCUAAGAAACCUGACCGGAAUUUGGGAUGUAAGGCACCAUCCAAAGAGUCGAAAGCUAGCCAAACGACUGCCAAAGGCGCUGUUGCUGCUGCUAAGAAACCUGCUGUGAAUUCGGAUGGUCAGGAAGCGACGGAGGAAGAAUCGGUUAAGAGGAAAGGAGGGCCUGGCAGGCAGAACAAGGUUGGCCGGACGGCUAACGAACGACCGGAAGGUGGUCAGAGUAAAGGAGGAAGGAAGAGAGCUCGGGUGAAAUGAGUAGUAGUAAUGUAUAAUGUAUAUUCAUGUAGUGUUGCCUUUUUGUAUUGCAAGUUGUAGCUCUUGUGUAAUCUUUUUGGUCAAUGUUCUCAGGUGACAUGCUUGCGUUACAUGUAACAGUGAAUAUAAUCGCCACUCGGCGACCCUGAAAGUUAUGUUUAUUGGGAAAAAGGCAAUAUCAUCCUUCUACAUUAAGGAUUUGGAUUGGCAAAGACUAUUUAUGGGACUUCGAUCUCUUUCCUUAGUUUCCUGUCUUCUGCUGUUGUGGGUCGGGAAUCGUUUUCGUAGUUCCAGAUUCCAUCCAUGGCGGCCUGUAACAGCACCUCGGCUUCGGAUCGGCAGCUACGCUCGCGGAUUUUGCCAUGCAGCUCCGCAAAACGACGGCGACUACAUUCAACGGGAGUAAACUCUCCUCUUCCUCCUCCUGAUCGUUCAACUGGGAGACGAUCUCCUCGUAGAAAUCCUGAUUCGCCUACCUGACCCUAGAUCCGCCUGUCGCUGCAAAGCCGUAUGCAAGGGAUGGCAGUUCCUCAUCUCCGAUCCAAUCCGCUUCAACCGCCGUUUCGUUUCCCACCACCAAAGCAGGAACCCGCAGCCUAAUUUUCUCCUUCUACCCGCAGAGGACCCACAAGCGAUCAUCAGAAGCCGCAAGUUUUCUUCCUCCGUCAUUUUACCUACUCCGGUGAUAUCUGUCUCGUCCUGCGAUUUGGGGACAGGGGGAGACCUCGAGCUCUUUACCGAAGUGAGAGGUUACUUAAAUUAUUGGUAUUUGUUCUGAGUUGAGCUCUCUUGCUGGCUGACUUCGAUUCCGAGGUACAAGCAAUUGCGAGAUAUGUAUGAUGGAAGCUACGACUGUUGGGUUCAGGGCAACAUGGAAACGGCUAGAACUCCUCCUCCCAUAGAUGGCAAUUACUUUGUCUGGCACUCUCUUUUGAGGCCAUCUUCAAAAGCUUAGAUCCCAUCUCGUUUAUGUUGUGGUUGGUUUAAUUGCUGAACCAGCAGAAGGUGAUGAAAGGCUCAUGAGAUCAUAAGACGGACCACCGCCUCAGAUGGUGACUAGAGCUUCACCAUGGUUGGAUUCUGAGAUAUCUUCAAGUUGGGGUGGCAGAACGGUUUCCGGUUAGUUAGUUUAUAUUAGAUAUUUGCACUCCUCAUCCAGUGACGUAACGUAACCAAAAAUUAAUGUAAAAAGGUAGGUCAAACAUGAAAAAAAUAAGUUUCAAAAUGUGUUCAUCUUUUGAAUUUUUUUUAAAAUAUAACCAUCAUAUAAAUUAUGAAGGAUGUUAAGAUGCCACAGCAAAAAAAAUAGUUUAUGAUUCCGCAACUCAUCUUAUUUUGAAGUAUUUUUUCACUUUGUUCAUUAUAGUAGGUGAUCUUUCAGCACUUGCAAUGACAACCGAUGACAACAAACAUCUAUAAAUUUUGAGUUUUUGUUUAUAUUAAACUCACUUACAAAAUAUAUGAAUUAAAAGUUAUCUACAAUGAUAUGGAAAUCAUGUACUCAAUCCACAUUCACAUAAAAAAAAAUUACUCUAAUAUUUUUGGGCGAAGGUGGUGCAAAUGACUCACCUUGGCCUUGAGUGGCUCCGCAACUAUCCUCAUCUCCAUGCUAUUCAUUAGAUUCUGAGAUAUCUUCAAGGCACUCCAGACGUUGGGAUGUUACCGGUGCCCCAUCUUUUAGGCUUGCGUUGAUGUUAUAUAAGAUAAAGCUAUGUUAUAGAA